AUGGAAGAUCUAUCACAGGAUAUUGAUGCCGUGAAAAGAUGGGCAGCGGGGAAAAAAUUAAGUGCUGAUACAGCGGAGGCCAUUGUUUCGGCCGGUUUCACGUCACUGGAGGCAAUAGCUUGCUUGGAUCAGGACUCCGUGAAAAAACUUAAGCUUAAUCUCGGACAAACGAAAUUAUUAGAAAAGGCCUUGAAAACAACCUUUGAUGAAGGAGGUCAUAGGGACGGAGCUGAAUCGUUGGUUGGUAGUGGUGCGGGACGGGACAAUGGCGGCCAUGUUGUUCCGGAAGUUGCGACCGGAAGCGAGACGCACGGAGACGAUGAGCUCGUGCGGACAAUUCUAAAUCAACUGCGGCAAGGACAGGAGCAACAGACUCAGCAAAGGAAUGAGGAUAGGGCACCAAAUAUUGAAGAGUUGGUGGACGACCCCGAUAAGGAAUUUCUUUUAAAUGGUAUAAAAAACGGGUUUGAUAUAAUUGAUCCCACGGCCACUAUCGCUCCAAUUUGUUUAGACAACCAUAGGUCUGCCCAGCCGGGCAGUCCGUUAUUUCACAAGGCCGCUAUCCAAAUCUGUAAGGAAAUAGAUGAGGGCAACUAUAUCGAAGUUUCAGAAAAACCACCCAUUAUCAGCCCUUUAGGUGUCAUUCCGAAACCGGACGGGGGCGUCCGCAUUAUUCACGAUUGUAGUCGACCUCAUGGAUUUUCAGUAAAUGAUUACGCAGGCGAAAUAGAAAAACAAAAAUUUAGUUCGGUGGAUACAGCGGCUCGUAUGGUCACAAAAAACUGUUUUAUGGCGAAAGUGGAUCUUAAAAGCGCGUACAGGGUUGUUAAAAUUAGCAAAAAUAGUCAAAAGGCCACGGGUAUCCAAUGGCAAUUUCCGGAGGGUAUUAGAUAUUUCUAUGAUUCAAAGUUACCUUUUGGGUCCAAACUAGCACCCGGAAUUUUUCACCGACUCUCACAAGCGGUCGUGCGCAUGAUGGCGAAGCGCGGCUUUCCUAACAUUGUCGCCUACAUUGACGAUUUUUUCCUAUGUCAUACUGACAAAACAGGGUGUUUGCGAACCCUAAAUGUGUUGGUGACCCUUCUUAGAAAGUUAGGCUUUUUCAUAAAUUGGCAGAAGGUGGUAGAUCCAACUACAACUUUAAACUUUUUGGGUAUCGAAAUCUGCUCUACCCAAAUGCAAUUGCGGCUUCCGGACGACAAAUUGCGUGCAGUCAAGGAAGAACUGUCUAAAUUUAGGCAACGCAAGCGGGCGACUAAAGCACAACUGCAAUCUUUAGUCGGUAAACUAAAUUGGGUUUCAUCUGUGGUAUAUGGCGGGAGAGCUUUCCUUCGCAGACUUAUCAAUGCAAUGAACACCCUUCGGCAUAAAUCGCACAAAUUGCGCUUUAGUGCGGACACACUACUUGACAUCAAGUGGUGGCUGGCUUUCAUGCCCCGGUUUAAUGGGAAGUCUCUCCUGCUUGAUGACAUUCCUGUUUCAGCGUUGUACACCGAUGCAUGUAGUGAGGGGGCGGGCGGUCUUUGGGGCGAUAGUUGGUUUUAUUGUAACUGGGAAAUUGAUUACCCCAAUGUAGCCCCCUUGCAUAUUAAUGAAAAAGAGGUGGUGGCUGCCACGCUAGCAGUUCAGUAUUGGGCCCCUCAGUUGGCUAAUAAGCGAGUGUACAUCUUCUCAGAUAAUACUGUUACUGUCGCUUGCAUCAACAAAUGCUCUUCGCGCAACAACCGCAUCAUGCACU